AGUUGGGCGAAGGGCGCAGCUCCUGCCGAGGAGGAGGAGGAGGUGGAGGAGGAGGAGGCGGCGGCUGCUGGCGCGGACUACGGCCCUCAGGUGUCCCCCUCCGCCUUUUACUCUGUAUUUGUUUGUCGGUCUCGCAAGAAGGCACAGCCUGCACCCUGCCCGACCGUGGCCAGAACGCGACGCGGACUUUCGGCGGCGGCGGCAGAUGCAGGAGGACUGACUGAGACCGACGCGGGAGUGAGACGGCAGCGGCCUGAUCAGCGGAGGGCCCGGAACUCUGGCAGCGGCGGCGCGGCCUGGGACGGACAUGAACCCUCGGGGCCCGAAGAGGGGCCGCUAGGUCUGACCCCAGAGGCGAGCGGCCAGGCACAGCCAUCUUGACUGCGGCCCGAAAGGAAACUUGCUGCGCGCCGCCCUCUGAGCCUUCGCUGCUGGGCGCCAAGAGAAGUGGCUGGGCGUGCAGGAGGACCUGCGCGAGCUCUGGACGAUGUGCCCAGGGGCCACCACUCUGCUCCGGGAGGGCUGAGUGCGACCCAGAGGGCGUAGGGCAGACCCUGUGGAACUGUGGCGCGCCUGCAGUCACCCUCGCCCCAGGAGAGGCACGGGGGGGGGGAGGGCCGGACGACUUCUGCCUAAGCUUCCGACCCUGCUGCCACAGACGCUGCCCAAGAAAGGGCUAGAUCGUUGGCAGAGUCUCCGCUCCUCUGGGAGAAGCCACACAAGACCCGCUGGUCGCCUGCUUUCCCUUUCCUCCAGUUCCUCGCUGGGUCCCCUAGGGCCCCUCCGCGCGCCGCCUAGAGGAGGAGGACGUGGGGCCGCGGCGCGCAGCAUGGAGUGGGGUUACCUGUUGGAAGUGACCUCGCUGCUAGCCGCCUUGGCGCUGCUGCAGCGCUCGAGCGGCGCCGCCGCCGCUUCGGCCAAGGAGCUGGCGUGCCAAGAGAUCACGGUGCCGCUGUGCAAGGGCAUCGGUUACAACUACACCUACAUGCCCAACCAGUUCAACCACGACACCCAAGACGAGGCGGGCCUGGAAGUGCACCAAUUCUGGCCGCUGGUGGAGAUCCAGUGCUCCCCCGACCUCAAGUUCUUUCUGUGCAGCAUGUACACGCCCAUCUGCCUGGAAGACUACAAGAAGCCUCUGCCGCCUUGCCGCUCGGUGUGCGAACGCGCCAAGGCCGGCUGCGCGCCGCUCAUGCGCCAGUACGGCUUCGCCUGGCCUGACCGCAUGCGCUGCGAUCGGCUGCCGGAGCAGGGCAACCCGGACACGCUGUGCAUGGACUACAACCGCACCGACCUCACCACGGCCGCGCCCAGCCCACCGCGCCGCCUGCCGCCGCCGCCGCCCGGCGAGCAGCCGCCCUCCGGCAGUGGCCACGGCCGCCCGCCAGGGGCCAGGCCCCCACACCGUGGCGGCGGCAGCAGGGGCGGCGGGGACACGGCGGCUGCGCCCCCCUCGCGCGGCGGGAAAGCGAGGCCCCCUAGUGGUGGCGCGGCUCCCUGCGAGCCCGGGUGCCAGUGCCGCGCGCCGAUGGUGAGCGUGUCCAGCGAACGCCACCCCCUCUACAACCGCGUCAAGACCGGCCAGAUCGCCAACUGCGCGUUGCCCUGCCACAACCCCUUCUUCAGCCAGGAUGAGCGCGCCUUCACCGUCUUCUGGAUCGGCCUGUGGUCGGUGCUCUGCUUCGUCUCCACCUUCGCCACCGUCUCCACCUUCCUCAUCGAUAUGGAGCGCUUCAAGUACCCGGAACGGCCCAUCAUCUUCCUCUCCGCCUGCUACCUCUUCGUGUCGGUCGGGUACCUGGUGCGCCUGGUGGCAGGACACGAGAAAGUGGCCUGCAGCGGUGGCGCUCCGGGUGCGGGAGGAGCUGGGGGUGCUGGCGGCGCGGCUGCGGCUGGCGCGGGGGCGGCGGGAGCGGGGGCGAGCGGCCCGGGCGCGCGCGGCGAGUACGAGGAGCUGGGAGCAGUGGAGCAGCACGUGCGCUAUGAGACCACCGGCCCCGCGCUGUGCACGGUGGUCUUCCUCCUUGUCUACUUCUUUGGCAUGGCCAGCUCCAUCUGGUGGGUAAUCCUGUCGCUCACGUGGUUCCUGGCGGCUGGCAUGAAGUGGGGCAACGAGGCCAUCGCAGGCUACUCGCAGUACUUCCAUCUGGCCGCGUGGCUGGUGCCCAGCGUCAAGUCCAUCGCGGUGCUGGCGCUCAGCUCCGUGGACGGCGACCCGGUGGCGGGCAUCUGCUACGUGGGCAACCAGAGCCUCGACAACCUGCGCGGCUUCGUGCUGGCGCCACUGGUCAUCUACCUCUUCAUUGGCACCAUGUUUCUGUUGGCUGGUUUCGUGUCGCUAUUCCGAAUCCGCUCGGUCAUCAAGCAGCAAGGAGGCCCAACCAAGACGCACAAGCUAGAGAAGCUCAUGAUCCGCCUGGGCCUCUUCACCGUGCUCUACACGGUGCCCGCCGCCGUCGUUGUCGCCUGCCUUUUCUAUGAGCAGCACAACCGUCCGCGCUGGGAAGCCACUCACAACUGCCCGUGUCUUCGGGACCUGCAGCCCGACCAGGCGCGCAGGCCCGAUUACGCGGUCUUCAUGCUCAAGUACUUCAUGUGCCUGGUAGUGGGCAUCACGUCGGGUGUAUGGGUCUGGUCGGGCAAGACUCUGGAGUCGUGGCGCGCGCUGUGCACUCGCUGCUGCUGGGCCAGCAAGGGCGCAGCAGUAGGCGCGGGAGCCGGGGGCGGCGGCCCGGGGGGCGGCGGGCCCGGGCCCGGCGGGGGUGGGGGACCUGGCGGAGGCGGGGGAUCUCUCUACAGCGACGUCAGCACCGGCCUGACGUGGCGGUCUGGCACGGCCAGCUCCGUGUCUUACCCUAAGCAGAUGCCAUUGUCCCAGGUCUGAACCCUGAGCAGACGCCCAGAAGGGGCGGAGAGGGGUGGGGGAUGGGGAGCUCGAGGGCGGCGAAGGGACCCCAGACCGGCCGGGGUUCCCACCCCUUCACCGUGUUGAUUGCUAUUAGCAUGAUAAUGAACUCUUAAUGGUAUCCAUUAGCCGCUGGGACUUAAAGGACUCCCUUAGAACAAAGUACCUGGCAUUGAAGCCUCCCAGAUCCAGCCCCUCCCCUCCGACGCUCCGGAGCGCCUCCCCCAGGCAAUGGUUUCAGCCGGCUAGGAGAGUUGGAACCCUCCUGGGUACCCUGGCUGAGCCUUGAGGUCAAGCUACAGACUUCUCCCAAGGGACCGCUUCACCCUCGACCCCGCCUGCGUAAAUUCACUCCUCAUACCCCCUAGAGGAGGGACGACUGCUACCUUGUGGGAUUGCACGGUUUGGGUAUUCUUAAUGACCAGGCAAAUGCCUUAAAUAAACAAGAAAUGUCUUAAUUAUACACCCCAAGUAAAUACGGGUUUCUUACAUUAGAGGAUGUAUUUAUAUAAUUAUUUGUUAAAUUGUAAAAAAGAAAAAAAAGAAAAAGUGUAAAAUAUGUAUAUAUCCAAAGAUAUACAACGUGUACAUUAUUUGUAAAAAGUUUAGAGGCUACCCCUGUAAGAACAAAUAUAAGUAUUCUAUUUUGUCAAUAAAAUGACUUUUGAUAAAUGAUUUAAAUACUACCCUGUCCCCCGACUCUUCUGAACUGUUCCCCUUGUGCUUGCUGAGGACAUGUGGGGAAAUGGACAUUUUCUGGCUUGCCAUUCUGUACACUGACUUUAGGCAUGGAGACAAUUACCUGUUAACCUCUAGUUCUUAAACUGUUAGCCAAGUAAAUGUCAUUGUUGAAUUGAAAUCAAAAUUGCGUUUUUGCACUUUCCCCAAAGAUGUU